AUGGCGAACCGCCCAGCGGCAUCCGGUUACUUGGCCGAAAGACCGGAUGGACGUCGAACUGGAAAAUCGCCCUCGCGCUCUCCUGGGCCCAAUGCGCGGAAACAGCAGAAACCCAAGGUUGUAGGCUACACCUCCGAGGGUGUGCGGGACAAUGACAUCUUUAGCCUGCCGGGAUCCGACUGGCAGAUGCUUGUGUUGUUGGUCGUUGUGGCUACUAUCGUGCGCCUGUACAGGAUCUAUCAGCCCAGCAGCGUUGUCUUCGAUGAGGUUCACUUCGGUGGAUUUGCCUCCAAGUAUAUCAAGGGCAAAUUCUUCAUGGAUGUGCAUCCGCCCCUCGCGAAACUACUGAUCACCCUCGCCGGGUGGCUCGCUGGAUUCGAUGGCAAUUUCGACUUCAAAGACAUUGGCAAGGACUACGUAGAACCAGGUGUACCAUACGUCGCCAUGCGACUACUACCUGCCGUCUGUGGCAUUCUGAGCAUUCCGACUAUGUUCCUUACCUUGAAAGCCGCUGGUUGCCGAACCACUACGGCUUCGUUAGGUGCCGCUUUGGUCAUUUUCGAUAAUGCGCUCGUCACUCAGUCUCGUCUCAUCCUACUCGACUCACCACUCGUCCUCUUCACUGCUAUCACUGCCCUCGCUUGGACAAGUUUUACGAACCAACAUGAGCAAGGUCCUACAAAAGCGUUUCAGCCAUCAUGGUGGUUCUGGCUCGCUGCGACUGGUGUUGGACUGGGCGCAACUUUCAGUGUGAAGUGGGUCGGUCUAUUCACCAUCGCCUGGGUCGGCAGCUUGACCUUACUUCAGCUGUGGGUCCUGCUCGGCGACACAAGAAAUGUUACUCCUCGUCUUUGGUUCAAGCAUUUCUUUGCGCGCCUCUUCUGCCUGGUCGUCAUUCCGCUGUCCUUCUACAUGGCGAUGUUCGGGAUCCACUUCAUCUGUCUUGUGAACCCCGGUGACGGCGACGGCUUCAUGUCCUCUGAGUUUCAGGCAACUUUGAACUCGAAAGGCAUGCAGGAUGUGCCCGCUGAUGUUGCAUUUGGAAGCCGUGUCUCUAUUCGUCAUUGGAACACCCAAGGCGGGUACCUGCAUUCUCAUUCCCACAUGUAUCCGACAGGAAGCAAGCAGCAGCAGAUUACUCUGUACCCUCACAAGGACGAGAACAACAUUUGGAUCCUGGAAAAUCAGACUCUCCCGGAGGUGUUGGACGGCCCGAAGCCUUCAGGUGCCAAAGCGUGGGACAACCUGGGCCCUAUCAACAUCGAGGAAGGUGCCGUUCUUAGGCUUUAUCAUAUCACCUCUGACCGUCGUCUUCAUUCGCAUGAUGUCAGGGCUCCAGUGACAGAGGCUGAUUGGCAGAACGAAGUAUCAGCAUAUGGAUACGAAGGGUUCGAAGGCGAUGCCAAUGAUUUUUUCCGCGUGGAGAUUGUUAAAUCCAUGUCCGAUGGUGCCGAGGCGAAGAAGCGUCUAAGGACCAUUCAAACCAAGUUCAGAUUGGUGCAUCUGAUGACUGGUUGUGUCUUGUUCUCCCACAAAGUCAAGCUUCCGGAGUGGGGCUUCGAACAACAGGAAGUAACAUGUGCACGCGGUGGAACCUUGCCAAACAGUAUAUGGUACAUCGAGGGGAACGUCCACCCUCUCAUGAACGAUACGACCGAAAAGGUCAAUUACCGCAAUCCUGGCUUCUUCGGCAAGUUCUGGGAGCUGCAAAAAGUGAUGUGGAAAACCAAUGCCGGUCUCGUCGAGUCGCACGCUUGGGACUCUCGACCCCCUUCGUGGCCUUUUCUAAGAAGGGGUAUCAACUUCUGGGGCAAACACUCUAGGCAAAUAUAUCUAAUCGGCAACCCCGUCAUCUGGUGGAGCUCCACCGCCAUCAUUGGCCUUUACAUCGCCAUCAAAGGUCUUGCUGUGCUCCGCUGGCAGCGCGGCUACCGUGACUACUCCAAUGUCACUUUCAAGCGUUUCGACUACGAAGUUGGCAUGUCGCUGCUCGGAUGGGCUUUCCAUUACUUCCCGUUUUACCUCAUGGCCCGCCAGCUCUUCUUGCACCACUAUCUUCCAGCCCUUUAUUUUGCCAUCAUGGCGUUUUGCCAAAUGUACGACUUCGUCGCCUAUCGCUUUGAUAUUCUUGGCAUCAAAGAUUAUCCCAAGAUCGGCCAAACCGCUGCUGUUGCAUUUUUGGCCGUCACUAUAGUUGUUUUCCAAACCUACUCGCCGCUUGCAUACGGUAACCCUUGGACCAGAGACCAGUGUAAUAGCGUCAAGCUCUUCAGCACAUGGGACUGGGACUGCAACAAUUUCUUGACAUCAUAUGAUCAAUACACCACAGAAGGGAUCAUUCCGUAUACCUCUUCUCCCGCGGUACCUGUAUCAGCAGCUCCAAAGGAGGUUCCUCCGCCGGUUCAGCAAGAGCAAAAGAAGCCAGACGAAGUCCUCUCUGAAAAGCCUAAGGUCUCCGUCCCGGUUCAGCCCGACGAGCUUCCGGUCCUCUCAAAGGAAGAACGCAUUGAGUUCCGUGAUGAGAAUGGUCGAAUACUUGACGAAGAAGAAGUGAAAGCCUUGGAAGGGAAAGUGAGCUUCAAGACACGGUACGAAACACGGACACGGAUAGUAGACUCUGCAGGCAACGAACUACAUGAGUCACUUGUUGAGGCUAGAGAGGCCGAGGACCAAGGCGUUGCGCCUCCUCACCCGGAUGUGGAGGGCCGAAAUCCUGAGACGAAGGAAGGAAAGGACGCAGAAGCAAGUGAACUCCCACCAACGGUUGAGGCCAGCGAAGACGAAAAGAAGGAGAUGAGCGUCGAAAAACAAGCGAAGAGCCCUAAACCUGCUAGCGAGGCGAAAGCUGCGACGCAAGAGUCCGCACAAUAG